AUGGCCAAGAAACUGCCCAAUCGCACGGCCAUGAUACCGCAUGAUGAAGAAAAACGUUACAUUAUGCAACUCGACGUUUUUCAUCAACUCCAUUGUUUGAAUGCGAUUCGAAAAGCGCUUCAUCCAGAUUACUAUACCGUUUCCUCCCAGCCAGAUCCAAAUGACGAUGGUGGCGUCCUCGAGCCUCAUCACAUUGAUCACUGUGUUGACACCAUCCGGCAAUCUCUUAUGUGCAAUGCUGAUAUCAGCCCUUUGACCUGGAUGUGGGAUGAUGAGAGGGCGAAAAUCCUUGCGAAAGGCACCAUAGUCCACACUUGCCGACGGUUCGACAAGAUCCAGGAAUGGGCUUCUCGAUAUAAUUAUGGCAAAAUGAUGGACUCCACUCAGAAGGCAGUGAAUGACCCUUUAGACCCCGAGACUUGGACAGAAGGCUUUUCCGGUUAG